CAGCCAUGCACCUCCCACCUCUUCUCUUGGCAGCACCGCUGCUCGCCGCCAGCGCCUUGGGCGAGAGCGUCGCGAGCUCAAGCUCCUCCUCCGGCUCCGCCUCGGGCUCGGGCUCGGGCUCGGGCGCGGGCCAUGCGCCUCAACGUCUCGGCAAGCCCGGCUCAGGCGCCGCGGGCCUCGGCUCCUCCUCUGCACGUCCAUUCCCCGAAGACGUCUUUGCGCACCCGCCCCACCGACUCUCCUUCGACGGCGCGCCCAUCAGGAACGGCAGCGCUGCUCGGGUGGUGGAGGGCGAGGAGACGGUCGCUUCGGGCAUUCCACACCUCUUCCGCGGUCCAGACGGUGCCUAUCUCUGCCAUCUGCCCGCUGCUCAAUCCCGCGCCGCCUCUGCACCGCCUCUGUCCGCCUCCCAGCUCGCCGCCGAGCGAUCCCGCGCCCUCUCUUCCGGCCUGGCGCUGCUCGAGCCGCUGCGGCAGCAGUGCAUCUACCACACGCUCGACUGGUUCACCUACGAGUUCUGCCAUGGCCGUUCGGUCCGACAGUUCCACGCGCUAGCGUCCUCGGCGCUGCCGGGAAGAACACCGGUGCCGGAUCCGAAGCAGGACAGCUAUGUCCUGGGGCGCGCGCCGGCAACGAGGGAGACUACGGAUGUGGCACAUCAACGACCGCAGGGAGAGGGAGGCACGGAGCUGAUGGAAGUCGUGAGCUUUUCCGUCGGCGAAGCGGGGAGGAACGAGGACUUGCAUGGCCAGAGAUACCUCUCGCAAGUGUGGGGCGGCGGCACGCUCUGUGCCAUCUCCAACGAGCCGCGCAGUAUUGAGGUGCAGUUUCAUUGCUCGAGAAGACCGGGCGAUCGCAUUUCCCUGGUCAAGGAGACGACUACUUGCAACUACGUUCUGAUUGUCGACACUCCGCGCCUCUGUGCCGACUCGGUCUUUGCCGUGCCCGAGGAGCAAGUGCACGACAUAGUCUGUCGUCCGGUAGUCUCGGACACCUACACCUCUCCCAUCGCCAGCCGUACAGCGCAGCAACUCGACUCUGGCGCCGCGGCGGCAGCGAGUUCGCCGACGGUCGGCGAGGCAGGACCGAGCGAAGAGGCAGAUGAAGAAUCCGGCUUUCAUACGAGGGGAGAUCCCUUCUCCCUUGGUGGCCUGCCGGAUGGCGGCGGAGAAAUGUGGGCGGUAGACGUAGAUGAGGAUGGGCAGGUAGUGAUGGAGCGUUACGACGAAGACUUUGACGCUCCCGAGUCCGACUUCGACGACCAAGGCGCCUCGAGCGAUGCCGAGGCAGCAGGCAUCGGCGGCGUGGGAGACAUUGAAGUGCAACUGCUCGAAGGCGACAUGGACCCGGCGAUUCGCGCACGCAUCCAACAACACAUCAACGACGUCGCCGCGCGUGCGGCACGCGAAGACGCGGCGAGUGCACAGCCGCGCUCGGCGGAAGAGCGCUGGGCCAUGCUGCAGGAGGCGCUCAAGGAGGCCCUCGCAAAGAGCGGCAUAGAGGCCGUGGUGCAGGAACGACCACCGCCUGGUACGACGCAGGAUAGAGAGAGGGCGAUGCAGAUGGCACGCCAACAAGAGCAGCAGCAGCAGCAGAAGCAGGAAGCGAGAGAACUGCCGAGGGCGAGACAAGGGCUGGCUGCCGCACCGGCCGCUCCUGCUCAACCCGUCGCUCCUCCGCAUGCACAAGCACAGCAAGCGCGUCAAGCACCUCCGCCGCCGGCACCGCAAGUGCAGGCAGCUCGUCCCGCCGCGCCUGCAGCAGCAGCGCCGCCCCUGCAGCAGCAAGCUCGAGCGCAGCCUCAAGCAGCAGCAGCAGCAGCAGCCAACGCGCGCCUCGAGGCGGCAAUCGCAGCGGCACUCGAGGCGACGAAGAAGCUGCGCGCUGGCGGCGCCGCCGUCGACGGCGCCGAUGGUGGUGCCGCAGGCGGCGGUGGCGCAGCUGCGGCUGCACGUGGCACCCAAGCUAGGACGCAGGAGUCGCUGGGAGAGAGGGCGGAGAGGUUUUGGAGGGAGAAGAAGGAGAGGGAGAGGAAGCGAGAGGAGCUCUGAAGAGGAGAGGAGAGGAGUGAGAGGCACAAUGUCACCUUUGUCUGUU